UAUUUGGGCUUAAGGCUUUUGUUGAUGCCUUUGGGGGUAAAUUAAAUUCAUCAUCUCUCACUUUUUUUUUCCCUUUGCCCCCCCUUACCACCACUUCUUUUUCCUUUCCAUCACAUUCCCUUGAUAGUUUUCAAGAAACUUGACAGGGAGUGCCUGAUUCCUCCAGAAAGUCAGAAGAGAUGAUCAGGUGUUUGCUUUUCAUAUCCUUGUUCAUCCACGCAACUUUAGCAGCGAAAGCACCAAAUGCAGCAGCGGAAGCACCAGAUGCAGGACAGAAGGCCCCUGCGGGGUCUCCAACGAAGAAAUGGCUGACUUUAAAUGGACAACAGCCCCUCGUUAUAGCUCGUGGCGGGUUUUCGGGACUUUUUCCUGAAUCCAGCACCUAUGCGAUUGACAUGGCAAAGUCUCAAAGUUUGCCAGGGUACGCUUUCUUCUGCAAUCUGCAGUUAACGAAAGAUAGCGUUGGAAUAUGCCUGUCGAACAUUCUGCUUGAUAAUACAACAACUAUAUCUAUGUUCUACCCUAAAGACCAAAAGACUUACAAUGUGAAUGGGAAGGAUAUUCGUGGGUGGUUUGCUUUGGAUUUUACAGCUGAUCAGCUGUUAAACAAUGUAUCACUGACUCAAAACAUUUUUUCCCGACCAAGUCACUUCGAUGGUACUCUGCCAAUAGCUACUGUUGAGGAUGCUUUAGGAAUUAAACCAGACAAAUUCUGGCUGAACGUUCCGUAUGAUACAUUUUAUAGCCAACACAAAAUCAGUAUGGCAUCAUUUGUUGAAAAGGUAAUCAGAUUUCCGUCUAUGAAUUACAUCUCAUCUCCUGAGAUUGGUUUCUUGAAAACCGUAAGUGCAAAAGUGAACAAAGGGAGGACAAAGCUCAUCUUCCAGUUCCUAGAUCCUGAAGAAACUGAACCCACAACGAAACAAAAGUACAGCGCACUUGUGAAGAAUCUUGAGAUGAUCAAGUCAGUUGCAGCUGGAAUCCUUGUCCCAAAAGAAUACAUAUGGCCGGUCAAUAAGAACAACUAUUUGGAGGCUGCCACUACACUCGUGACUGAGGCUCACAAACAGGGGCUAGAAGUACAUGCUUCUGGUUUCGCAAAUGACAUCGUGCUCCCUUAUAAUUACAGUUUUGAUCCAACAGCUGAGUACCUGCAGUUUGUAGAUCAGCCAAACUUUUCUGUUGAUGGGGUGCUUACAGAUUUCCCUCCUACCGCAUCCGAAACCAUCGCAUGCUUUGCACAGAACAAUAAUGCUACCAAGCCUAAAAAAGGACUUCCUUUGAUCAUAACAAGAAAUGGAGCAAGUGGGACCUAUCCUGGCAGCACAGACCUUGCUUAUAAGCAAGCAGUAGAUGAUGGGGCGGACAUAAUAGAUUGCUCAGUUCAACUGUCAAGUGAUGGAGUUGCCUUCUGCUUAGAUACCAUAGACCUCAACUCAGGCACUAAUGCAUUAUCUCAGUUCAUGACCAAGAGUGAGACUAUCCCUGAACUUCAAGCAGAAGCUGGAGUCUUCUCAUUCCAGCUCUCAUGGGAUGAGAUUCAGAGCUUGAAACCUCAAAUACAAAGCCCGUACGGAACUAAGGAAAAAGUAUAUAGAAACCCAGCUAACAAGGACGUGGGCAAACUGGUGACCCUCUCUGACUUCCUGGAGUUUUCUAAGACAAAGGCAGUUACUGGAAUCUUGAUCAACAUUGAGAAUGCUGCGUACCUAGCAUCAAAGGCAGGUCUGGACAUUGUGAAAACUGUAACCUCUGCCUUGAGCAAUGCCACAUUUGACAAGCAAUCCACUCAGCAAGUGUUGAUCAAAUCAGAUGACACUUCAGUGCUGUCCAAGUUCAAAGAUGUGAAAACAUACAGAAGGGUGCUCAACAUUAAGGAGAAAAUAAGUGAUGCACCCAAGGCAUCCGUGGAUGAGAUCAAGAAGUUUGCAGACGCAGUAACUAUCUCCAAAGAUUCCAUUGUCAAAAUCAGCGAUUACUUCAUUUCGGGGAAAACAAACGUUGUCAAGGAAAUGAAGGCCGCAAACAUCUCAGUGUAUGUCCAUUGGCUGAAGAAUGAGUUCGUCAGUCUCAUGUUUGAUUAUUUCUCCGACCCCAUCAUAGAGAUUGCAUCAUAUGCUCUGGAGUUCCAAGUUGAUGGCAUCGUCACCGAUUUCCCAGCAACUGCUAACAAAUAUAUGAGGUGCCCAUGUAAUGAUAUGGACCCCAAAGCCACUAUCCCAUAUCCCAUUUUACCAGUGGAACCUGGUUCUUUGCUGGGUUUGGUAGUCCCCGAGGCAUUGUCACCAGCACAAGCCCCAAGCCCAGCUCUUCAAGCUUCCAAUGUCGUUGACCCCCCGCUUCCUGAAGUGGUGAAGAAAAACGACACAAGCCCACCACCCUCCAGCAGCAGCUCUGAUUCAACUGAUUCCGGCUCCAAAUCUACACCUGCUCCUGGAUCUUCUGAAAAGUCAAGUGCUUUCGCAAAUGCUGCCAAUCUUUGUCUUUCCUUGGUGGCCAUAGUGGUUAUCGCUUUGCUGGCAAAUUAAGUAACCUUGGCCUUGAGCUUCUAAGAUUACGUGAGUCUGUAAUAUACUUGCAUAAUUUAUAUAGUAUAGUAAAUAUCGCAAAUUAGACAGAUUUAUUCUGACUAGUUAAAUUUAUAUCAAUUCAAUUA